AUGCGACUCUUUGAUCACCCCUUGGCAUUGGAUUGGACUUGUCGUCAUCAGGAUAGACCCCUUGUCGUCGAAAUUGGACUCGAAGUCGUUGAGAUGGACUCGUUGCCAUUGGAAUGGACCCGUUCGUCGUCGGUCGGGACUCGUCGCCAUUGGAAUGGACCCCUAGUUGUUGGAUUGGACUCGUUUGUCGUCGGUCGGGACUCGUUGCCUGGAUUGGACUCGUUCGUCAUCGGUCGGGACUCGUCGCCCCCCGCCAAGGUCAGCGCCGCCUUUGCAGCGGUCAUCAAUCACCACGUCUGCAAACGCUUCCACUUCUUUGAAUGGGUCAAGCUACACGGCAAGUGCGAGUUGGUCUUCUAUGUGCCCCCCCAAAGCCACCUUUUUGCUUCAGCUCCUAGUUGUUUUGUCGAGUCCUCUUCCGUCCUUCAUCUCCGCUGA